UUAGGUCGUUGCCCGCACCAGCUCCAAUAUCAUGCAAAAAAUUCCCAAUCUUCUCCCUGAGCCGGUUCUUACGUCGAAGGCUGCUCAGGCUCUCCCACGUAAAGGUUCAGAACCAGAGGUCCAGCAUGUCGAAAACAUCGGCCUCGAGCCCAAAGGAACUGCAACAGAAAGAACAGAUUCUUUCACAAGGCUGGAUUCAUUUACAGACAUAGAGACGGUCGCACUAGUCGUCAGAGAAGUGAAAGCGGACUUCGAAUUGACGCCGAUUAUACUCGAUGAAGUCCGUCCAGACGAGGUCCUCGUGGAGAUGAAGUACAGUGGCAUAUGCCACACGGAUAUCGUCCUCCAGCAAGGCUUGCUGCCAAUGGUAGAAUUCCCUGCCAUCUUCGGGCACGAAGGGGCAGGCUUCGUCCGCUCGAUUGGGAAAGGCGUUCGCACGGACCGAUUCCAAAUCGGAGAUGCCGUGCUGCUGUCUUUUAACAAGUGUGGACACUGCAAACCGUGCAAGUCAGGGCAUCCGGCCUCCUGUCUCACUUUCGCCGAAGUCAAUCAUAACGCGGUGCGUGUAAGCGACCGCACCACUCCGGCGAGGACGAAAAGCGGACAGUCAGUACGGAGCCAGUACUUUGGCCAGUCUUCCUUCUCAAAAAUGUCCGUUGUAAAUGAAAAGUGUGUCGUCAAAUGCCCAUUUCCGGAUAAAUUGCACCUCUACGCUCCAAUCGGGUGUGGCUUCCAGACAGGAGCUGGGACUGUGCUAAACGUAUUCAAACCCACGAAAGAGGAUGCGCUGGUAAUCUUUGGUCUUGGGAGCGUAGGCCUGGCCGCACUUAUGGCUGCGAAGUAUCUAGGUGCUGGGCGCAUUAUUGCGGUCGAUAUCGUCGAUGAGAAACUGAACAUGGCAAAAGAGUUAGGCGCUACUGAUAUCGUGAACUCCAUCAAGCAUUCCGACGUCGUACAAGUUAUCAAAGACAUAACGGAAGGUGGUGCCAACUACGCUAUCGACUGCACGGGCGUUCUGAAGGUCAUCGAGACAAUGAUCGAGUGUCUGGCUCCGCAAGGCACUGCGGCUUUAGUGGGAGUUCCGCCGGCAGGAAAGAAGAUCCAGAUCGACCCAUUAGCCUUUUUAAGCGAAAGCAAAAAGCUCAUCGGGGUUAUCGAAGGCGAUUCGAACCCGGUCGAGUUUAUUCCGCAAUUGGUGGAGAUGCAUCAAGCGGGGCAUUUUCCAAUCGAGCGGCUUUGCAGAACUUAUCCCGUGGCUAAGUUGAAUGAAGCUAUGCAUGACUUGCAUACUGGCCAGGUCAUCAAACCAGUCAUUGAUUGGGGCGAAGUUUAACGGCAUCUGGACGGCAAAGAUAUUUCCAAGGAAUGUAUGAAAGUUUUGGGAGGAGUUUAUUGGAAAGGAGCUUUUAUCAUAAGCUACGGUGCUAACAUGUUUAUUAGUGGAUCGUUUCCGAAUCUAUCGUAUUAUCUUAGGCUGUUUAAACCAUACUCUGCAUACUGCGUCUUUUCGGUUGGAAGUUAUCUAUCCAAAGCUCUUUGACACGUGACUUUCGGAGUUUAUCCGGUCACGUGAAUGACUACUCCUAUAGCUCCUCAAGUCGAAUGUAAUUAUGAAUCCACU